UUACCUGGUGUCACACUUUUUGCUGUUUUUUUCUGCAGAAUUUGAGCUACAAUUGACCAUGACGCUCUCUCCUAACUCAUCUCGGCUUCCGGAUGAGUACCGCACGGCUGGCCUGGUCUUCUAUUGCUUCAUCUUCGUCAGCGGCGUCAUGGUCAACCUCAGCGCUUUAUGGGUUUUCGCCCUGACCACCAAGAAGAAGAGCACCAUCACCGUCUACAUGACCAACGUGGCGCUGGUGGACCUCACCUUCAUCCUGCUUCUCCCCUUCCGGAUGGUCUACCUCCACUUGGACUUCUGGCCCCUCGGCGAUAUUUUCUGCCGCGUCAGCGCCGCCGUCACGGUCUUCUACCCGUGCAUCGCCAUGUGGCUCUUCACUCUCAUCAGCGCCGACCGAUACAUGGCCAUCGUGCAGCCCAAGCACGGCAAGGAGCUGAGGAACGUGCCCAAGACGGUGGCAGCGUGUGCCGGGGCGUGGCUAAUGACCCUGGGCGGCACCGCACCGUUGCUUUUCUCCGGCGGGAGCGACCGCGACGGCAACUUCACCACCUGCUUCAAAAUGCAGGAUGUCAUCUACCUGCGACGCCAAGACUCCGUCAACUUCGCCCGCGUGGCCUUCUUCUUCCUGCUGCCCGUCUGCGUCAUGAUCGGUUGCUACGUGGUGGUCGUGGACAACCUGAUCCACGGGCGCACCUCCAAGCUGAAACCCAAAGUGAAGAGGAAGUCCAUCAAGAUCAUCAUCACGCUCAUCCUGCAGGUUUUGGUUUGUUUCGUGCCGUUCCACGUGUGCUUGUUGCUGCACUUGCUGGGCGUGGACAAAGGCGAGGCCUUCUGGACGUGGGCCGUGUUCUCCACGUUCCUCAUGAACCUGAGCACGGUUCUGGACGUCAUUCUGUAUUACAUCGUCUCCAAGCAGUUCCAGGACAGGGUGAUCAGCGUGAUGCUGUACAGGAACUACCUGCGCAGCGUCAGGAGGAAGAGCAGGCACACGGGCAGCCUGCGAUCCUUGAGCAACGUGACCAGCGCCAUGGUUUGAAACUUAGCCUGCUUAUCUUGUAAAAAGGUGCAAUAGUUAUUGUACAGGUAAAA